AUGAGUCAGUGGUUUGAACACUUGAGCUUGAAUAUAAUUGUGAGAAUGAUUGCUGGGAAACGAUACGCAGGAACUGAAGUGGGUCGAUCAUCCAGAGAAGUCAUCAAUGAGUUUUUGCGUCUAUUUGGGCAGUUUGAUCUCUCAGAUGCGGUUCCGUUGCCACUUUUAAGCUGGAUAGACUUUCAGGGGCAUAUUAAGUCCAUGAAGAGAAUUUCAAAGGAAUUGAGUGUUAUUACUGAAAGCUGGAUUGAUGAACAUGUGAAUAAAAAUCUGAAGGGAGAGUUGGGGAAUGAACAAGAUUUCAUAGAUGUAAUGCUUUCUGCUAUUGAUGAUAAAUUUACAAAUUACGGUCAUUCGAAGGAAACUAUAAUCAAGGCUACAAUACUGAACAUCAUCGUAGCAGGUUCUGAUACCACAUCUGUUGACUUGACAUGGAUCUUAUCUCUACUAGUAAACAACAGGGAAGUAAUGAAAAGAGCCCAAGAAGAAAUCGAUAUUAAAGUAGGUAAAGAGAGAUGGGUAGACGAAUCCGACAUAAAAAACUUGGUCUACCUCCAGGCUAUUGUCAAAGAGACGUUGAGGUUAUUCCCACCAGUGCCCCUAUCAGUGCCUCAUGAAGCCAUGAAUGACUGUCAUGUGGGAGGUUAUUUCAUCCCAAAAGGAACCCGGUUGAUGGUGAAUUUAUGGAAGUUACACCGGGAUCCACGUAUUUGGUCAGAGCCUGAUGAAUUUAUACCAGAGAGGUUUCUUACAAGCCAUGCUGAGGUAGAUUACUUAGGACAGCAUUUUGAGUUCAUUCCAUUCGGGUCUGGCAGAAGAUCCUGCCCCGGGAUCACAUUUGCAAUGCAAGUGACACAUUUGACACUUGCUCAAUUGCUCCAAGGUUUUGAUUUCACAACACCAUUAAACAUGCCAGUGGACAUGACUGAAGGCCAGAGUUUAACCUUGCCCAAGGCUAAACCAUUACAACUAGUUGUCACUGCAAGAUUACCUUAUGGGUUCUAUCUAAACUAG